AUGGAGCCAGGCCUACAGAAGCCGUUUCCGGGGGUCAUCAGUGAAUACACACUGCAGCAGCUGAGGGUUGCUCAACAACAGCACCACUGGUUCUAUACAGCAGAAACGGAGGCAGUAGCAACGACAGAGCAGAAGGGCUCCCGAGGCACAGCAGGCCUGGUGAACGCUUCUUCUGCUGCAGCAACUGACCUAGAGCAGCAGCAGCAGCAGCAACAACAACAACAGCAGCAGCAGCAGCAGCAGCAGCAGCAGCAGCAGCAGCAGCAGCAGCUGGAUUGUACAUCUGAACAGCACCAACCAGUGCAGCAAGAAUACAACAAGAGGCCCCCAGAGUUUUCGCCUCGGGAGGGGACGGGCCUCUGCGACAGCAGCUUCCCUAAAUACGACAGAAACUCGCACAGCAGCAGCAGCAGCAGCAACAGCAGCAGCAGCAGCAGCAGCCAGUGCAUCGCUGGGGAGGCACGAACAGCCACCUCAGACGCAGCUGCUGCAGCAAGAACAGCAGCAACUGCAGCAGAAGCUGCAGCAGACGGUGGAGCAGCAGGAGGAGACAGUCUCUACUUUCGUGCCCUGGCCGGGGCGGCCUAA